AUUAUAUAUAGCAUAAUGUGCAUAAACCACGAACCACGUGAGAGGCGUAGCGCGUGGUCGCACAAUAAUGACGUAGAAGAAAUUAGACUCCGAUAUUGUACUGGAUACAGUCAGGAGCAGUUUGAAGUCCUCUCUCUGCCCUGGCUGCAGCCGGUGUUGACCUGUCAGACAGCGAGUGGCCCCAUCGAGGACAUGGAGGUAGAGCAUGUAGCCCCGGAAGGCCCUGACGUGGCCCCUGUGGAGGAGGAACCUCUCUUCACUAACUUGGACAUAUUCCUUUUUUCUCUCAUUGUUGGCCUACUCAUCUACUGGUUCCUUUCUCGCAAGAAAACUGAGGAGACCAUCCCAGAGUUCAAGAGGCUCACCCCUGUAGUCACUCCGCAGCGAGAAACCAGCUUUAUUGAAAAAAUGAAGAAAACGAACAGGAACAUGGUGGUUUUCUACGGCUCUCAGACGGGCACGGCUGAGGAGUUCUGCGGCCGACUGUCCAAAGACGCCCAGCGCUACGGAAUGAGAGGCAUGUCAGCUGACCCAGAGGAAUAUGACAUGUCGGAGCUGCCUCGUCUUGCGGAGAUCGACAACUCCCUUGCUGUGUUCUGCAUGGCCACCUAUGGGGAGGGGGAUCCCACAGACAACGCUCAGGACUUUUACGACUGGAUGCAGGAGAACGACGAGGACCUGAAAGGAGUCAACUUCGCGGUGUUUGGCUUGGGGAAUAAAACAUAUGAGCACUUUAAUGCAAUGGGAAAGUAUACUGACAAGAGACUAGAAGAGCUGGGUGGCAAGAGGAUCUAUGACCUGGGAAUGGGAGACGAUGAUGGCAACCUUGAGGAAGACUUUGUAUCAUGGAAGGAGCAGUUCUGGCCUGCUGUGUGUGAGCACUUUGGGGUGGAGGCCACAGGAGAUGACACCAGCAUCCGGCAGUACGAGUUGGUGGUUCCAACUGACAUCAACAUGAAUAAGGUGUACACUGGGGAGAUGGGUCGCCUCAAGAGCUUUGAGACCCAGAAACCACCUUUUGAUGCUAAGAACCCCUACUUGGCCACAGUGGCUGUCAACCGCCAGCUGAACCAAUCCGGCGACCGCCAUCUGAUGCAUCUAGAGCUGGACAUCUCAGGUUCCAAAAUCAGAUAUGACUCUGGAGACCACGUUGCUGUUUACCCCGUUAAUGACGUGUCAAUAGUGAACAGAAUAGGCCAAAUCCUGGAUGCCGACCUGGACACUGUUAUCUCUCUCAACAACCUCGACGAGGAGUCCAAUAAGAAGCACCCGUUCCCGUGUCCGACCACAUACCGCACAGCUCUGACCCACUACCUGGACAUCACCAACCCCCCUCGCACCAACGUACUGUUUGAGCUGGCCCAGUAUGCCACCGACCCCAAGGACCAGGACACCCUGCGCAAGAUGGCCUCCGCCUCCCCCGAGGGCAAGGGUCUGUACCAGAGCUGGGUGCUGGAUGCUCAGAGGAACAUCCUGGCUGUGUUGGAGGACAUGCCGUCCCUCCACCCUACCAUAGACCACCUGUGUGAACUGCUGCCCCGCCUACAGGCUCGCUACUACUCCAUCGCCUCUUCUGGCAAGGUGUAUCCCACCAUGGUGAGCAUAUGUGCGGUGGUGGUGGAGUUCCAGACCAGCACAGGGCGGACCUUCAAGGGUGUGGCCACCAACUGGCUGAAGAACAAGGUUGUGGUGACGGACAACGGCCACAAGGCCACUGUGCCCAUGUACGUCCGCAAGUCCCAGUUCCGGCUUCCCUUCAAGGCCAGCAACCCGGUGGUGAUGAUCGGGCCCGGCACGGGCAUCGCCCCCUUCAUGGGCUUCCUCCAGGAGAGAGGCUGGAUGAAAGAACAGGGGAAGGAUGUCGGCGAGACGAUACUGUACUUCGGCUGUCGCCGCAGAAACGAGGACUUCCUGUACCAGCAGGAACUGGAGGAGUUUCAGAAGGCGGGCGUGCUGACUCAGCUCAACGUUGCCUUCUCCAGAGACCAGGAAGGGAAGGUGUAUGUGCAGCAUCUCCUGAAGAAGAACAAAGAACAUCUGUGGAAGCUGAUCCAUACUGACAAUGCUCACCUCUACAUUUGCGGGGAUGCUCGGAACAUGGCACGGGACGUGCAGAACACCUUCUAUGACAUCGCUGAAGAGGUCGGAGGCCUCACACACACACAGGCUGUGGCCUACAUCAAGAAGCUGAUGACCAAGGGCCGCUACUCUCUGGAUGUGUGGAGCUAAAGAAGAUGAAGCUUACUUGCAGGACACCCUCACAACCCCCUAGAUGUUACCCCUCA